AAUUAUAAACAAGUCUUUAUAAAUUUUUACAUUUUUCAUAAAAAACCUACUGAGAAGUAAAAGUAUUAUCAAUGCAAGUAUUAUAAACACAAGCAGAAUAAAACAUUCCUUCAAAUAUGGCUUUGGAUUUUACAUUAAUGUGUCGCACUUGCUUGAGUGAAAAUAAUGUGUAUCAUAAAUUACAAGAUGCCCCCUUGGAAAACUAUAAAAUUUUGGAAAUGUUAACAGCAUUGGUGCCGCAGUUAAAUAUUGACAAAGAAGAUCUUACUUUCCCGGUUUUAGUGUGUGACUCUUGUGUGGAUCAACUGCUAAAAGCAUUUAAAUUUCAGCAACAAUGCUUGCAAAGUAAUAAAAUUUUUAUGACCCUGGUGGCAAAUAAUCCCAGCACUACCAACAACGCUGCUACUGGAGUAGUGGUUUUAAAUUGUAACAAAAUGAAAAUGGAGGUGGAAGACGAUAUCCAUUUGCCAGAGAACAAUAAUUUUAAAGUAGAAAUGGAUAUUGGGGAAGAGGCGAAACAAGAAAAUUUCCCAACUGAGAUAAAUCCUCAAGAAAUAGAGAUGGUCCUAAAUGCUAACAGUGUUGAUUGGUUUCAUAAUAAUGAUAGUGUUGAAGACGAUGCUUUUAGUGCUAAAGAUAUUUUAGACAUUUCAUCUAAAGAUAAGGAUACAAGUAUCGAAACUAUCGCUAGUAAACUUAGAGCCCUAGAACGAGCUAAUCAUAAGGAUGCACAAACUGCGAAGCUAGUAUGUCCCCAGUGUCCGAAAACGUUUAAGACUCAAAAGCUUCUAAAUAAACAUAUUACUCGACAUUCUAACAAACACCCCAAGCUGAAAACAACCACAAGAAAAAAGAAGAAUAGCUUGGAUAAGAACUUAAAAACUGACACAAUUGGAGACGUUGAAAAAGUUGGAAUAAAAACAGAUGCUGACGAUGCUGCGGUGAAUACACUGGAAAAAGGUCAAGAUGAGAAAGAUGCAAGGAAUCAAGAAAACGAAAAUCCCACUAAUGAAGUAAAAUCAGAAAUUUUACAUGAUGAUGAUAACAAGGAUUUUAUAGAUACUGGCAUUGGCGAGAUAGAGAAACCAAACAGUAAUAAUCGUCGUAAUGGUUGUUAUCAAUGUCAAGAAUGUGGUAAAGUAUUCGAUCGCCCGUAUCGUUUAAAACGCCAUAGUUCGGUUCACUCUUUAGAGCGUCCUUACCAAUGCGAACAAUGCAAAUAUCGCUUUUUAACCCAGGCUUUGCUGAAAGCCCAUAAACUCAUGCAUGACAAUGAAAAGAAAGGUAUUCAAAGUACCCACCCCACCCCUAUUAAUGGCUUCAAAUGCCCCGAUUGCCCUAGACGUUUUGAAAAGCAAGCCUCUAUGGCAGCUCAUCGCCAAACACAUACGCGUAAUGCUGGUUUGGCCAAUUAUCCAUGUCCGGCUUGUGAACGCAAGUUCAUGAAUAUUCGCUCUUUGGCAGAACACAUGUCAAAUAAACAUCCGGAAAUAGAAAAACACCAGUGUAAUCAAUGUGAGAAAUCAUUUGUUCUACAUGCUCAUCUAGUUGAGCAUUUAAAUCGACAUAUGGGUAACAAAAAUCUUGUUUGCCUGGUAUGUGAGAAAGAGUUUAGUUAUGGCAAUACCCUAAAGGAGCAUAUGCGUACGCACAGCGGUGAAAGCCCUUACUUAUGUCCCCAGUGCGGUAAAACUUUUCGCAGUGCUAGUAAUCUACGUCAACAUAUGGAACGUCAUGGUAAUGAGAAACGUUAUCAGUGCCCAGAAUGCCCAAGUCGUUUUGCCUGCCAAUCGGAUCGCAUUAAACACAUGUCGAUACACACUAAUCACAAACCACACGUCUGUGAUUUAUGUGGUUCAAGAUUUACACGCUCCUACUCUUUGUCUAAACACAAACAAUUACAUACCGGCGAAAGGCCCCACAAAUGUGAUCAAUGUAAUAUGGCAUUUGCUAUAGUUUAUCACCUUCGCCGACAUAUGCGUACACAUACCGGUGAAAAACCAUACAAAUGUAAAUACUGUGAGCGCGCCUAUGCCGAAAGUGGUGAUUUAACUAAACAUUUGCGCACUCACGUCGGAGAAAACACUUACAUGUGUACCCAAUGUCCUAAGGCUUUUAAAUAUCAAGUCGAAUUGAGACAACAUCAAUCGGAACACUACAAAGAAGCACAAGAACUUUUAAAGAAUCAAGAAAAACAGGAAGCGGGAGAAAUCGGACAAUUACCUGAGACAAAUGAGGAGAAAAAAAUGCCAUUUAAUAGCAUUUACGGACGUAUAUGUCGUAUUUGUUUGUGUAGAGCUCAAACAUUAUACAGUUUACAAGAUACAAUUGUCGGUAUAAAGGAUGACGAGAAUCUAUCAUUACAAGUAAUGUUAGAACAAAUUAUAAUAGACUGUAAAACGUUGCCGGAAGAUUUAAAGAUGCCGGAACAGAUUUGUGAGUUAUGUAUGGAGCAAUUAAAAAUUUCCUUCAAAUUUCAACAGCUUUACAGACAUACAAAUGAGCAACUGUUGAGAAUAUGGGAACAAAUGCGAACUUCUUCAAUUACAGUUAGCGAAAGAAUCGAAAAUGUUGAAAGCCAAGAAACUGGAAGACUUGGUUUAAUUGACGAAGAUUUUCGGAAAAUUAAAAAAUCAAAAAAUAUUAUAUUUGAUAUAAAUUCUCAUAAUUCAAGUAUGGAAUGUAACAAAACGCAUUCUGGGCACAAUGGCUAUCUUAAUUGUAAUGUUGUUACUAAAACUCAUCAAUUUUUCAGGCAUAAUAAACAGCAAUCAUUAGAAAAUAAUUUCGUAUGUAAAAUUUGUUUUUACCGUUAUACCACAAAAACUCUGCUUGAGGAACACAUACGAAAAACUCAUCAACCAAGGAUUUUAUUGAAAAUAAUAGAUUUGAAGAGAUUUUCGAAUAAAGAACUAUUGGAAGAGCAACGUGAGGGAAUAUCAAAUGUAAUUAGUGAAAAUGUUCAAGUGGAGAGCUCGGAAAAGUCAUGGUCAGGAUGUAAUGAUUCAGACAAUAACGAUACGAACGAUUAUUUGAUAUCAUAUAAAUCACUACUCUCAUGUACCGAAUGCAGAGCUACGUUUAAAACUGUAAAACGCUUAAAGUGCCAUAAAAAAACUCACGUGAAAUGCUAUCGUUUCGUUUGUCAUAUAUGUGAUCAUCGAUUUAAAUUUCCACAUCUUUUAAAACAACAUCUGAUCAAAGUUCAUGCUCAAUUCCCUAACAGUAAAAAUAGUAACGAAUCAGUUGAUAAAUUAACAGUAGAGAAACAAGUGCAAUUCCAUUGCAAUUAUUGCAAAUGUGCAUAUAAUUCGGUAGGCAGUUUGGCGCAGCACAUGAGUAAGAAACAUCCGACCAUAAAACCAUUCAAAUGCGAUAAAUGCGAUAAAGCGUUUGUAGUGGAAGAACACUUUAAAAUUCAUAUAAAUCGUCACAAUGGCAUUAAAAAUUUUAAAUGCGAACAUUGCGAUAAAUCAUUUUCUUUUAAAUUUGCGAUGAAACAGCAUAUGCGUAUGCAUACAGAACCAGCGCCUUAUUUAUGCACACUGUGCGGUAAAACUUUCUAUCGUCCCAGUAAUUUACGUCAACAUAUGCAACGACACGGCGAAGAUAAACCUUACGCCUGCCCCCAUUGUCCUAGACGUUUCAAAUGCCCUUCAGAUCGUUACAUACACUUAAUGUCGCAUAAUGCGGGUAAAGUGCAUGUUUGCUCAAUAUGCGGUAGUCGUUUUUCACGUCUCGAUACCCUAAACAAUCAUCAGAUGUUACAUUCCGGCAAGAAGCCCUACAAAUGCGAUCAAUGUUCUAUGGCCUUUGCUUCUCCAGUUAAUCUAAAUCGUCACAAACGCACUCAUACUGGGGAAAAGCCAUAUAAGUGUCAAUAUUGCGAUCGUGCAUAUGCUCAAAGCAAUGAUUUAACCAAACAUUUACGAACGCAUUUAGGCGAAAACGUGUAUAUUUGUAAUAAAUGCCCGGAAGCCUUUAAAUAUCAUGCGGAAUUGAAAAAACAUCAAUUGCAACAUUAUCAUGAAGAACAAGAAUUACAAAUAUCAGCAAAUUCCACCGAUGUAAAAUGUGAUGUUGAAAAAUGUUGAGAUGAUCUACACUAAACGUUUUAACGAAAAGUAUUUUACAAUUAAUAUAUUAUAUCUUUUAUAAAGAACUUUUAGUGUAGAAAAAUAUUCCACUCUUGAGAAAUAAUUCUUGGGAAAAGAUACAUUAAAACCUAUGCUUCAUGUAGUCUACAACAUACAAACAACCAUAUAUUUUUAUGAUAAAAUUUCAUAUACAAAAGUUAAGAAUAUUUUCAAGAAAUUUUGUUAAAUUUUCAAAAGAAUUUUUAUAAAAUUUACCCUAUGGAUAAGCUGAAAAUUGAAUUGGUCUAAAUCACUAAACUGAAGUGCUUGGAAUGCAGGCUUUUAAAAAAUAAAAAAAAAACAAAAGAGAACCUGUCUCGUUUGCCAUCGCCAAGCAUAACGAGACAUGAGCUAGCAGUUGUUAUUGCUGACAAUUUUCUGCUCGAAGUAGCACGCAGCGUAGUAAAAUGUAUAAUGGAUCUUGCAAAAAUUUUAAUUGUUUCGCGAAAUAUUUAUUCCGUCAUCCGCAAAUCUUCAAUACUAGAUUUACCGACGUUCUUGUAUUUACACCUAACUUUUUUUUUUUGCACGGUAGACACGCGCCUGAGAAAAGCGUGCAAGAAAAAUUGUCUAGAAAAUUAUAUGCAACUCUUGGAUAAAUUUGGGGAUAUGUUCCAUUUUAUAACUUUUAAAAAUCACGUAAAAUGAAAAAAGUUCACUUAGUUUCCUGAAAAACCGUGCAAAAA